ACGAGUGAGACCCAGCGCCUUCAUGGAGUCACACUCGAGAAAUAGGAGGGGCUUGUGAAGCACUAGAAAUGUCAAUCAGACCUAAGAGUCCCCAAUAAUCUAAGGCAAUCUGUAAGGACCUGACCUUAGUCCGUGCAGAUCAAUAGCGAGGAGAGGCAGGCGCGCGCCGUCGGAUCCCGCACACCGGCUUUUUAUGAAGAAACACACACUUCCCGCACAGUUCGCCCUAAAGUGGAUACCGCGGGACGCAGCGAUCGGCCGUCGCCCCCCUGCCUUCCUCCCGAUCACAGAGGCGCUCUUCUGCCACCACCAUGUCUUUCCCGCAGCUGGGAUACCAGUACAUCCGGCCGAUAUACGGGUCGGAGCGCGCGGCAGUGAGCAGCAGCCGGGCUGGGGCAGAGCUGAGCCCGUCCGGGGCGCUCUCCGGCGGCGCGCUCUCCGGGGGCGCGCUCUCCAGCGGCGCGCUCUCCAGCGUGCUCUCCACCAUGUACGGAUCGCCGUUCGCAGCCGCACAGGGAUACGGAGCCUUCCUGCCCUACUCCAAUGACAUCUCCAUUUUCAACCAGCUGGGAGCUCAGUACGAGUUGAAAGACAGUCCAGGGGUUCAACACCCUGGGUUCCCCCACCCUCACCCUGCUUUUUACCCCUACGGGCAGUAUCAGUUUGGUGACCCGUCCAGACCCAAGAAUGCCACCAGGGAGAGUACCAGCACGCUCAAGGCCUGGUUGAGUGAACACAGGAAAAACCCGUACCCCACCAAGGGCGAGAAGAUCAUGCUGGCCAUCAUCACCAAGAUGACCCUGACUCAAGUGUCCACCUGGUUCGCCAACGCCAGGAGGAGGCUCAAGAAGGAGAACAAGAUGACCUGGGCGCCCAGAAGCCGGACUGACGAAGAGGGCAACGUGUACAGCAGCGACCAUGAGGGGGACGAGGGAGACAAGCGGGAAGACGACGAGGAGAUCGACCUGGAAAACAUCGACACGGAGAACAUCGAGAACAAGGAGGACCUCGACGAGCAGGACGACCUGCACGCGGACAUGAAACUGGACGCCAGGAGCGACUCGGAGAUCUCGGACGGUUUCGAGGACUUACAAGGACCCGAGCAGAGAUUCCUGAAAGCGGUGGUGAAGGAGGACAAGGACGUGCACAGGGACAUGGUGGAGGAGCGCCUGCACCACCACCACCACCACCACCACCACCAGUUCGCGCUGAAAGCCACGGAGCCCAGCGGCGGGGAGCAGCUCAAGCUGAGCCGCGGGGUGCCGGCGGACAGCAGCGCAGCUCCGACCCAGAAGCCCAAGAUCUGGUCCCUGGCAGAGACGGCUACGAGCCCGGACAACCCCAGGAAAUCUCCGCUCGCGAACGGGACCCCCCACACACAAACCAUCCUCGCGCCUCACAGACUCCUUUCGUGCCCCGUGGGGAAACUUCAGAACUGGACGAGCCGAGCCUUCUCGGCUCAGCAGCUCGCUUUGAUCAACUCGAACCACUACCUGGGCCUCUCGAACCCGGCGCCGGCCAACGGCCUGGGGGUGUACGGCAGACACGUGGAGGACAGGAGUCGCAGCUCAGAGUCGCCCCUCACAGAAAGAUGUAGUGCCUUGGAACCCGAGAAAAAGUUGUUAAAAACAGCCUUCCAUCCAGUUCAAAUACGGCCUCAGAACCAACUAGAAGCAACAAUGGUUUUGUCCGCACUCUCUUCCUAAUAGGCCGUCUGUUCUAUUUUUAUUUUUAAUUUAAUGUUAUUUUGAAUAUUUUUAAGGAAUGUAAAAUAAGAAUA